AUGACAGUCGAUAAGACCGAAUUAGACAAAAGCAUCAAGAAGGUUCAAGCCGAGUUUUGGCUUCCGACCGAGACGUUGGAUAAAAUCGUUGAGUACUUCAUCGAGGAAUUGGAGCGGGGGCUUGUUGACGGAACAGACCCGCUUGGCAUCCCAAUGAACCUUGCGUGGGUGAUGGAGUACCCUACCGGUGACGAGACGGGUGACUAUCUUGCGCUCGACUUCGGUGGGACAAAUUUGCGGGUCGUGAUGGUGCAUUUGCUUGGGGGGAAGAAGCUCGAGACGGAGCAGUCUUUCUACCGUUUACCGCACGGUAUGAGAACCACCAAGGACAGGAAUGAGCUUUUCGAGUUCAUGGCAGAGUGUCUCGAAAAGUUUCUUAUCGAGAAGCACCCUUCGGGCAUUCCGGAAAACAAGACGUUUCCCUUGGGGUUUACGUUCUCGUAUCCUGCCACGCAGAGCAGAAUCGAUGCGGGUGUCUUGCAGAGAUGGACAAAGGGGUUUGACAUUCCAGGCGUGGAGGGAGAAGAUGUGGUUCCUCUGUUGAUGGAAAAGGUCAACAACAGAAACCUCCCAAUCAAAGUUGUUGCUCUCAUCAACGACACCUGUGGUGCGUUGGUCGCCUCCAGGUAUGUUGAUCCGUUAACUGAAAUGGGCUGCAUUUUCGGAACUGGAGUCAACGGGUCUUACUAUGAGACUGUUAAUGCCAUCAAGAAGGUUAAGGGCCAGCUACCAGCAGACAUCCCAGAGGACUCGCCGAUGUUGAUCAACUGCGAGUACGGCUCCUUUGACAACGCACACAAAGUCAUCCCAAGAACCAAAUAUGACCUCAAGAUCGACGCCGACUCUCCCAGACCGGGGCAACAGACAUUUGAGAAAAUGACUGCAGGCUUCUAUUUGGGCGAUCUUAUGAGACUCGUCUUACUGGACCAGUACAAAAAUGGUCUGCUGUUCCAAGAGGCUGAUAGCAAGCUUAUCAAGCUGCUGGAGACUGAAAAUUGUAUCGACACGUCCUUCUUGUCGCUCAUCGAGUCGGACGAAUCCGAGGACCUCUCGCUCGUCAAGAAGACCUUUGCUGAUGCUUUGCACUACGAAGACGCCACAUCUGAUGAGUGCUAUUUUGCAAAGGAAGUCGCAGAGAUUAUUGGCACAAGGGCUGCUAGGUUGUCCAUUUGCGGUAUAUCUGCGGCGUGUAAGAAAAGAGGGUACAAGAAUUGCCACGUUGCCGCUGACGGUGCUGUGUACUUGAAGUACCCAAACUUCCCAGAACGUGCCGCUGAGGGUCUUGCCGACGUUUUCCGCUGGGGCAGAGACUUGCCAUACGAUCAACACCCCAUCAAAAUAGUCAAAGCGCAAGACGGUUCCGGUGUAGGCGCUGCUGUCAUCGCAGCCCUUUCUCACAAGAGACAACUACAGGGCCUUUCCCUUGGCUUGAAGGAUGAAUAG